GGCUCAGCAGCACUCUCAGUUCUACUGCAAGUUAUUGUGCUGUGUCUGAUAUCAGAGAUGCCUGUCGACCUUGCGGAGUGGGAUGGACCCCUGGAACUUUCCCAAGUGGAUGAAAAGCCCGAACAUCUGCUAGUGGCCACGUAUGGAUCAGUUACUGUGGAAAAACUGGGACAAAUUCUUACACCUUCUCAGGUGAAACAAAUGCCAUGUAUUCAUUGGGAGGGCAUGGAUCCUAAUUCAUUGUAUACUUUUAUUUUUACUGAUCCUGAUGUACCUUCCAGAGAAGACCCCAGUAUUGGGGAAUGGCAUCACUGUAUAGUAGUGAACAUGAAAGGAAAUGAUCUCAACAGCGGCUGUACACUUACCAAGUAUGUCGGCUCUGGACCUGGAAAAGAUACAGGUUGUCACAGGUACACCCUGCUUGUUUAUAAACAGAAUGGCCCACUAAAAUGUGACGAACCGAUUCUGGGGGACACAAGUGCUGCAAAUCGAGAAAAAUUUAAAACAAAAAGAUUUCGCCAGAAAUACAAACUUGGGCGUCCUGUUGCGGGCACGUGUUACCUGGCUGAGUGGGAUGAAACAGUUCCUGAAAUCUACAUUCAACUGGGAGUGUAGAGCCAGAGAAUCCAUCUACAGUCCAGUUACACAACAAGAGGACCCUAACAAUAAAGAAGACAGACUGAU